AUUGGCCGAUUGGAGAACUCAACGCGAAGAGGUUGAACUGCUUUGUGCCGAACUGCCGAGCAGAAAAUAAAAAAACUAAGAAUUUCAAGUUUGGUUAUUUAUUUCUCAUCGAUAGAUUAAGUAUAAAGAUACUUUUCAGUGCAUCUAAACAUGGUUUCACUCAACCCCACCAGAAUUUUAAAGAAUGAGGCAGAAGAAGAAAAGGCCGAGAUUGCUCGGAUGUCCAGUUUCAUUGGAGCCAUUGCUAUUGGUGAUCUUGUGAAAAGCACCCUUGGGCCGAAAGGCAUGGACAAAAUAUUAGUUUCUAUGGGCAGAAAUUCUGGACAGGUUGAGGUCACAAAUGAUGGUGCUACUAUUCUGAAAUCCAUUGGUAUUGACAACCCAGCUGCUAAGAUCUUGGUUGAUAUGUCUAAGGUCCAAGAUGAAGAAGUUGGUGAUGGCACUACUUCAGUUACAGUAUUGGCUGCUGAGUUACUCAGAGAGGCAGAAAAGUUGGUAGAGCAAAAGCUUCACCCUCAGACAAUUAUAGCAGGAUGGAGGAUUUCUGUUGAUGCUGCCAAACAGGCUCUUGCAAAUGCUAGCUUUGAUCACCAGAAGAACAUGAAUGAAGAUGCAUUCAGGGUUGACUUGGAAAAUAUUGCUCGUACAACUCUGAGUUCAAAAAUUCUAUCAAACCAUAAAGAACAUUUCACCAAGCUAGCUGUGGAUGCAGUUCUCAGAUUAAAAGGUUCAGGGAAUCUUAAAGCAAUACAGAUAAUCAAAAUUUCUGGUGGUUUGUUGGAAGAAUCAUUCCUGGAUGAGGGAUUCCUGUUAAACAAAAAGGUUGGAGUACAUCAACCUAAGAGAUUGGAAAAUGCGAACAUUCUCAUAGCGAAUACUCCUAUGGACACAGACAAAAUUAAAGUGUUUGGCUCAACUAUCAAAGUGGAUUCUAUGGCUAAAAUAGCAGAGCUUGAAGUUGCUGAAAAAGAAAAGAUGAAGGACAAAGUUAACAAAAUCCUAGCACACAAAUGCAAUGUAUUUAUUAAUAGGCAGCUCAUCUACAACUACCCCGAGCAGUUAUUUGCGGAUGCUGGUGUCAUGGCUAUUGAACAUGCCGAUUUCGAUGGAAUCGAACGUUUAGCACUGGUAACUGGUGGUGAAAUUGUAUCCACAUUUGACUCUCCCGAUAGAGUUAAACUUGGUCAUUGCAAACUUAUUGAACAAGUGCUAAUUGGGGAUGAAUGUCUCAUUCGUUUCUCUGGAGUGGAGCUAGGGUCUGCGUGCACGAUCGUCAUCCGAGGCGCCACGCAGCAAGUUAUUGACGAAGCAGAGCGGUCCUUGCACGAUGCCUUGUGUGUACUCGCUGCUACUGUGAGAGAGCCCAAGGUCAUCUAUGGUGGAGGUGCAAGUGAAAUGCUGAUGGCGGAUGCAGUAUCCAAAGUUGCCGCGCGAACAGCCGGUAAAGAAGCCGCCGCGGCAGAGGCUUUCGCUGUGGCCCUUCGCAGACUACCCUCAGCAGUCGCGGACAACGCUGGCUAUGACAGCGCCGAUUUGAUUGCCAGGCUUCGUGCGCAACAUGCCCAGGGAGAGAGCACUAUGGGACUCGAUAUGGAGAAUGGGUGUGUCGGUGAUAUGAAGACCCUCGGCAUCACAGAGUCUUACGUCGUUAAACGCCAAGUGUUGGUGUCGGCUGCGGAAGCCGCCGAAGUCAUCCUACGCGUUGACAACAUCCUCAAGGCUGCUCCUCGUAGACGUGGACCAGAUCGUCGCCCAUGCUAAUUAAUAAAAAAAAGGCGCUUUAACUCUGUCUUAAACAACUUUCAUGAAAUGUGUGUAUCAGAAAUCCAACUCUCUGGAAAAAUCGCAGUCUUUAACACUGUACGGACAAUGACCAAGUCCCCAUCAUCAAGUGUCAUGUGUAAGAUUUUAUACCUUUACUUAACCGACUGCGUGAAUGUUUACUAUGAUUUAAAUAAAUUCGAAAGAGCACCAUUUAGUGACAGUCUGGAUUCUCUAUACCAUAUAACUAAGUGUGGUUCUGUUUAUACGAUAAGGUUUUCCAGUUUUGUUCGCUAAUUAUCUAUUAAUUUGUCAAAUAUAUUAAUGUAGUAAAAAAAGUCACAUAAAAAAGUUGUAUCUAAAACAGCGCCAUCUAGUAAUAAUGUUUCUCAGAAAUGUAACUAGAUGGCGCUCCUUCGAUACCGUGUAAAUCGUAUUUAACUUUAACGCGACCGAAUAAGUCAAUGUAGGCUCUAAACUCAAACUAGGCACUCUGUUGUGUGUUUAUUGAUAUUGAAUAAAAAUAAAAUGGGUCCUUAUAAUAUAUAAGAAACACUAGCAGACUAAACAUAAACAACGUUUAGUUUACUAAAUAUUUAGUAAAGUAUUGAUUGGAACCCAAGCACUAAGGUUUAAUCGAACAAAGAUCCUUUAGUCAUCUAUCAUGAAUACCUUAUAUAUGAUAUAACUAUAUAUAAUAAAACUAUAUAUAUAGUAAUACGGGUUAUACUGCAUUCAUGAAUGCCGAAAAAUUAAGAAAAGCUAAAAAUACAAAGUACCAAUAAAUGGUUACGUUCAUCAUCUUAGUUACAUGAGCAAAAUAUAAAGUGUUGUUUCAUACUCAUUAAGUAUUUUGAACGAAAGCUGCUGGUCACAAAGUCUCUUAGAUUUUUAAAGAAUAAGGUGCAUUUUCUGAACGUGGCUUUUCUUUUACACACUUUUAACUAUAAUUUGAUUUAUUACGUUUCCUAUGCUUCUUUACACUGUUUGCAUUUGCAUUCUAUUUUUAAUGUGGUGUAACAAAUAUUUAUAAUUUGUAGUUUAUAAAACUGACGCAAAGUUGAAAUUGCCCCAGUGCUUUCUUUUUAAAACAUUGUAUGCGACAAUACAAAUCUGAUGGUAUUUUAGUAUUGCUAGCGGAAACAUCACUUAAGGGAAGUAUGUUUAAUGUAUUUUAGUUUAGCUAGGUCGAAGAUGCCUUAAUUUUAAAACGUAUUAACAAAUUAAUAAAUAAAAUACUUUAUUAUUUUAA